AUGAUCCCUGCGACACCUGCAGCAAUGCUCGCCCCCACGGAGGCAGCCAAGAUCUACCAGACCAACUAUGUCAGGAACUCUCGUGCCAUCGGGGUCCUGUGGGCCAUCUUCACUAUCCUCUUCGCCAUUGUCAACGUGGUAUGUUUUGUUCAGCCCUACUGGAUCGGGGACGGCAUGGACACACCACAGGCUGGCUACUUUGGCCUCUUUCACUACUGCAUCGGGAGCGGGAUAUCCGACCUGACGUGCCAGGGGACCUUCACAGAGUUUAGCUCCAUCCCGUCUAGCGCCUUCAAAGCUGCGUCCUUCUUCAUUGGGAUGUCCAUGGUGCUGGUCCUCUCCUGCAUCGGCUGCUUCGCCUUCUUCUUCUUCUGCAGUACAGCCACUGUGUAUAAGAUCUGCGGGUGGAUGCAGCUGGCAGCAGGUAUGUGUCUGGUGUUGGGCUGUAUGAUAUAUCCUGAUGGCUGGGAUGCUGAUGAGGUGAAGAGGAUGUGCGGAGAAGGGACGGACAAAUACACCAUCGGAGCAUGCUCAGUGCGCUGGGCGUACAUCCUGGCCAUUAUGGGCAUAUUGGACGCCCUUAUUCUCUCUUUCCUGGCUUUUGUGCUGGGCAACAGGCAGGAUGGACUCAUGUCCGAGGAGCUGCUGGGAGACAAGAACGGAAAUGCAUAGACGCCAGAUACACUCAGGUGUUUCUGUCUCGUUCAAGGAAAAUCGUUAUAUGAAAUCACAAUCCAGCUUUACCCAUCAUCCUGAGGGCAGGAAGCCUGACUGCAGCAGUUUGAAAAAACGUUAAAGCGAAGGAUGCAAACA